GAACUGUGGAUUAGGCACAGUUGUGUCUGACUCCUCGUCACUGAAGGUGUGUAUAAGAAAGUAUAUUACAAGUUACUGCAUUGUGUAACGUAAUUGAUGAAAGCACGGUGGCUACCACACCAUUGUUACUGCCGCCAAGCCCAUCUGGUCACAACCAUCGUCUGGUCUUUCUUCGCCACGACUACCUGUUUCAUCGCCACGACUACCUGUUUCAUCGCCACGACUACCUGUUUCAUCGCCACGACUACCUGUUUCAUCGCCACGACUACCUGUUUCAUCACUAUCACCAUGAAUAAACUGCAUAAAUUCUUGAUAGCGUUGGUAACGUUAACUGUACUAAUAGUUACGAUCUACCUGCUGUCUGCUAACGACGUCCCUAUCAUCUUACUACCAAUGAAAUCAUUCAGACAUGAAGGAACGUUAUUCGGGAUCAGCGAAGAGACGCGAAAUAAGAAGACACAAGAUCCUGUCAUAAAAAGAGGAACACAAAGUGAGGGAAACCCAGAGGCCAAGGAAACCUUGAUGACACACCUACCACCAAAGUCAGGGACUUCUCAGGGCAUGGUUACUGCACGCCAACCAUCAAGCUCAGAGACAAUCACCUCUAAAGACAUCAACAGUGUUCAUCUGCCACUACAGCCUGGGGAUUCACAUCUACCAUACGAGGAACUGAAUUUAAAGCAAAUAAAACAAUCACCUGUAGAUCUGUUUAAAGAGACGCCCGAGACCAACGAUGCACUCAACACUAAUAAUAAUCCUCAGUUGAAGAAAAUACUCUUUUGGAAUGAUGGUUACAGUAACAAGCACUUUGGGUUCGGGUUCGGUCGUGAGCCCUUCUUGCGUGCUGGCUGCCGGGUCAAUACUUGCUUCACCACAGGCGACCGAUCCCGAUUUCCGCUGGAGGAGAUUGACGCUCUUGUGUGGCACUUUAGAUCAAAUGACAAAUCGCUUCCUACUGUCAGGUCUCCCCAUACCCGCUACGUCUUCUGGAUGAUGGAGUCAGCAUCUUACCUCUACGGCAAUAUUGGCCACUUCAAUAACAUCUUCAAUUGGACAUUUACGUACAGACUCGACUCCGAUUUCCCAAACCAGUACGGGCGUGUCUACCGACGUCGGCAGCCCCUUCAGGAGCCAGAAGAGGAGCGGAACUACGCAGCCAACAAGACCAAGCUAGCAGCCUGGUUUGUGUCCAACUGUAGGACAGUCGGCGGCAGGGAAGAGCUGGUAAAACUGUUAAGGAAAUGGAUCAAGAUUGACCAGUACGGCCAAUGUGGGUCGUUGAGUUGUGUGAGGAAGAACUCCAGUGGAUGUUACUCUAUGCUUGAGAAGAACUACAAAUUCUACUUCUCCUUUGAAAAUUCUCUUUGUCAAGAUUAUGCCACAGAGAAGUUGUUCAAUAUCUUAAGGCUAAGCGUGGUACCAGUGGUGUACGGUCAAGGCAAUUACUCGAUGCUGGCGCCACCUCACUCCUACAUCGACGCCCUCAGCUUCCCCACAGCUAAGGCCCUCGCCGAGUACCUCAUCUACCUGGACAAAAACGACACUGCCUACAAUGAGUACUUCAGAUGGAAACGUUUUCACUGGAUUCCUCACACUUGGGCGAAUGUAGCCAAGCCGUACUGCGAUAUGUGUGAGCGCCUCCACCAGGACAACACCACCAAAGUGUACAACCUGCAGCAGUGGUUUGUCCAAGACUCUCACUGCAAGUCCAGCUACAGCAAGGACAUAUCUUUGUUCAUAAACGGAUAUAUCAAACGAUAGCACACAGUAAUUAUCCCUGUAGUGAUAAUUUUCGUCAUUUUUCUCAUAUUCGUCGGCAUUUCAUCUCCGAAGUUUUAUAUCAGUUUUAUAUCAGUAUAUUCCGUGAACAUGGAAUAAAGAAUGAAUUUCAUAGUUCCACGUAUCAAUUUUUCUCCGUGAAAAAGAAAAAGUCCACAAAAGAAGUCCUCAGUCACACGCUGUUCAUAUCGCCACAAAUAUUGCAUAUGUUUCAGAAUUCUUAGUUGCUUAUAAUGGAACUACUUGUUGAUAUGAAGAUAGUGUCUAAUAAAUUCAGUAACAUACUGUAUAAGUCUUUGUUCUCAGGACAACGUCGACUUCAGUGUUACUAACGUGAUUCCAACAACUCACUCAAUGUAUGAUGUAUUAUCGUGCUGGAGGAAGUAAUUAUCAAAACAAA